GCUACAGUUGGUUCCAGUGUGAGCAGAGGGUUUCCCCUCUGGAAAAUCCUGCGGAUCACCUCUCCCAGUCUCGCAGCUCCUGAGAGAGCACUUCUUCUGCCUGUCCCCUGACACGGUGGCCCGGGAAGCACUUGACUUCACGCCGAUGCAAACAAAUAAACAAGAGGAAGCGAGCGGCUGAGAACGUAACAUCGAGGCUUGAGGGGUUCAACGGCUAUCGAGGACCAUAAGAGGAGAACAGAGAGGUGGGCGACAGGGAUCGGAUAGCGCUCGCUCGCUCGCUCUCUCUCUCUGUCUGUCUGUCUAUCUUUACCUCACCCCGUCUCCGCUGGAUGCGAGGCUACAUCUUCUGAUGCCAUUAGGCUGCGUGGUCCCGACUCGCCUGGAGAUGCGCAUCUGAGGGUCGCGCAAUGAGCCCACCUCGCCAGCGACUCUCCAGCGAUCUGUUGCUCUCUUGUGCCCAGGAUGCCGGCUCUCCGGUGGAGACACUUCGAGGCUGACCGCACAGAGACACAUCACGGCGUCUCCUGCGCCUCGUCGACUUUGGAUUUAUCACAGCCGACCUGGAUCUGAAGGUGGUCGCACUCCCGGAACAGCAGACGGCUUGCAUGGCUUCGGAAAAGUGAAACUCCAUCGAGCCGAGCAGCAGCCUCUCAUCUCGCCGUCCUCAGAGAACACGGGAGCAGAAGCAGACAUGGUGGAACUGGAGAAGGAGGUCCUGCCUCUGCCUCCCCGGUACCGGUUCCGAGACCUCCUCCUGGGUGACUGGCAGACCGAUGACAGGGUGCAGGUGGAGUUCUAUGUGAAUGAAAACACAUUCAAGGAGCGUCUGAAGCUGUUCUUCAUCAAAAACCAAAGAUCAAGUCUGCGCGUGCGGCUCUUCGACUUCUCCCUGAAGGUUCUGAGCUGCCUGCUUUACAUUGUCAGGGUGCUACUGGAUGACCCCCAGGAGGGCAGUGGAGGCUGCUGGACCUGCCCAAAGCAGAACUCCUCGACACACCAAAACAGCCAGUUCAACUGGUCUCUCAUUAUCUGGGUGAACAGACCCCUGCCUUUGUGGGCUUUACAGGUUUUAGUGGCUCUUAUCAGCUUGUUGGAGACAAUGCUGCUGGUGUAUCUCAGCUACAAGGGUAACGUCUGGGAGCAGGUGCUACGGAUUCCUUUCAUCUUGGAAAUGAUCAGCGCCGUCCCGUUCCUGAUCACAGUGGGUGUGCCGUCCCUCAGGAACCUCUUCAUUCCCGUCUUUCUGAACUGCUGGCUGGCGAAGCACGCCCUGGAGAACAUGAUCAACGACCUUCACCGGGCCAUUCAGAGAACACACUCGGCCAUGUUCAACCAGGUCCUGAUCCUCAUCUGCACCCUCGUCUGUCUUAUGUUUACAUGCAUCUGCGGGAUUCAGCACCUGGAAAGAGCGGGCAACAACCUGACUCUGUUUGACUCCUUGUACUUCUGCAUCGUCACCUUCUCCACGGUGGGCUUUGGAGACGUCACCCCAAAGAUCUGGCCUUCCCAGCUCCUGGUGGUCAUCAUGAUCUGCGUGGCUCUCAUAGUCCUGCCCAUCCAGUUUGAGCAGCUCGCCUUCUUAUGGAUGGAAAGGCAGAAAUCCGGAGGGAAUUAUAGCCGCUACCGAGCCCAGACGGAGAAGCACGUGGUCCUGUGUGUCAGCUGCCUCAAGAUCGACCUGCUCAUGGACUUCCUCAACGAGUUCUAUGCACACCCAAGGCUGCAGGAUUACUACGUGGUGAUCUUGUGUCCCACAGAGAUGGACGUCCAGGUUCGCAGAGUGCUGCAAAUUCCUCUCUGGUCUCAAAGGGUCAUCUACCUUCAAGGCUCAGCGCUAAAGGACCAAGACCUCAUGCGAGCCAAGAUGGAUGACGCGGAGGCCUGCUUCAUCCUCAGUAACCGCUUUGAGGUGGACCGCAUCGCAGCAGAUCAUCAGACCAUCCUGAGGGCCUGGGCCGUGAAGGACUUUGCUCCCAACUGUCCCCUCUACGUCCAGAUCCUGAAGCCAGAAAACAAGUUCCAUGUCAAGUUUGCAGAUCACGUGGUGUGUGAGGAGGAAUUCAAGUACGCCAUGUUGGCUCUGAACUGUGUGUGCCCGGCCACCUCUACCCUCAUCACUCUGCUGAUUCACACCUCGAGAGGACAAGAGGCAGGCCCCGGAUCAGCGGAGCUCUGGCAGCGCAUGUACAGCCGCUGCUCGGCCAACGAGGUUCACCACAUUCGCCUGGAGGAGAGCAAGUUCCUCGGAGAGUACCAGGGAAAGAGCUUCACCUACGCCUCAUUCCACGCUCACAAGAAGUACGGGGUGUGUCUCAUCGGAGUGAGGCGGGUGGACAACGCUAACAUCCUUUUGAACCCUGGGCCAUGCCACAUCAUGAGUGGCUCAGAUACCUGCUUCUACAUCAACAUCUCCAAAGAGGAGAACUCGGCGUUCAUUUUCAAACAGCAGGAGGCGCUGCGAGGGAGUCAUGGGCCUCCCCAGACGAUCUAUCAUGGCCUGACCCGCCUUCCAGUUCACAGUAUUAUCGCCAGCAUGGGGACGGUGGCAAUUGACUUACAUGAUUCAAGCAGUGGCGGAGGAGGUGGCAGCCCAGACAGUGGCGGAGGGGGAGAAGGUGGCAACACCCUGACAUUGCCCAUCAGCGACCCUGGCAAAGAGCGGCGGCACAGCAUAGCGCCCGUGCUAGAGCUCAUGGACAGUGUGCCAACGCCUUCCUUUGACCUGCUAAGCGAUCAGUCUGAGGAUGAGGCUGGCCCGGAGGACGAUGACCAGCAGGACGGUGCUGCCACUAAUGAGUGGGUGAAGGGCUACCCCAUGAACUCACCUUACAUCGGGAGCUCGCCAACGUUAUGCCAUCUGCUCCAAGAGAAGGUGCCAUUCUGCUGCCUUCGGCUGGACAAGGCCUGCCAUCACAGCCCGUAUGAAGACGCCCGCGCCUACGGCUUUAAGAACAAGCUGAUCAUCGUCUCAGCAGAGAGCGCCGGCAAUGGCCUCUACAACUUCAUUGUGCCUCUAAGGGCUUAUUACCGACCCAAAAAGGAGCUGAACCCCAUUGUUCUGCUGCUUGAGAACCCGCCUGAAGCCCAUUUUCUAGAUGCCAUUUGCUGGUUUCCAAUGGUGUACUACACAGUGGGCUCCAUUGACAACUUGGAUAGCCUUCUUCGCUGCGGUGUCACCUUUGCAGCCACCAUGGUGGUGGUGGACGAGGAGAGCUCUAUGAUAGCCGAAGAGGACUACAUGGCUGACGCCAAGACCAUAGUCAACGUACAGACACUCUUUAGGCUAUUCCCGAGUCUCAGCAUCAUCACUGAGCUCACCCAUCCGGCCAACAUGCGCUUCAUGCAGUUCAAAGCCAAGGACCACUACUCCCUAGCGCUCUCAAAACUCGAGAAGAAAGAGCGAGAGAAAGGGUCCAACCUGGUCUUCAUGUUUCGCCUCCCGUUUGCGGCAGGGAAAGUGUUCAGUGUCAGCAUGCUGGAUACGUUGCUCUAUCAGUCCUUUGUGAAAGACUACAUGAUCUCCAUUACACGAUUGCUCCUGGGUCUGGACUCCAUGCCUGGUUCUGGAUUUCUGUGUGCAAUGAAAAUCACAGAAGAGGACCUUUGGAUCCGCACUUAUGGACGGCUUUAUCAGAAGUUGUGCUCCUCCACAGGCGACAUUCCCAUUGGGGUCUACCGCACCGAGUCUCACAUGCUGGCCUUCUCAGAGUCUCAGGUCUCCAUCAGCGUAGAAGACUGUGAGGACACCAGAGAGCCCCGUGAGCCCAUCCUCUGCCGAGCCAACCAUCGCAACUCCACCUCCAGCGACCAGUCAGACCAUCCGCUGCUGCGGCGUAAGAGCAUGCAGUGGGCCCGACGCCUGAGCCGCAAGGGAGGACGCAACGUGAACAAGACCACCGCCGCCGAGCGCAUCAGCCAGCAGCGAAUGUCCCUGUUCCGACGAUCUGAGAGACAGGAGCUCAACUCCCUGGUCAAGAACCGUAUGAAGCACCUAGGCCUUUCUCCAUCUGGAUACAGUGAAAUGACAGACCAAGGCAACACAUUGUCCUACAUUCUCAUCAACCCGUCUCCGGAGACGCGGCUGGAGCUGAAUGAUGUCGUGUACCUAAUUCGGCCAGACCCCCUGUCCAUGGUUUCCAGUGAUGCAGACAGCCGGAAGGGCAGCGUGGGCAGGUGCGACGGGCAGAAGUUCGACACAAGAGACAGUACCCACCUGUGACGCACAAAGCCGUGGAAGAGGCGUGCGUGUGGAGCCACGCCCAUGAGGGUCAAGAGGAGGCGGGGACUCCACUGGAGGGCUGACCACACCCCUCUAACCAGUGGGCUAAAGGCCUGGGACUGUGAACUGGGCUCCGCUCGCCUGGCCCCUCCCGUCCACUGGGGGCAGCAGACUACUGAAGGUCUCAGGCUGCCGACUGGCACUCUGGAAUGGACUUUUCUUAUCCUUGCGUCAGGGAUGGGGGUGGGUGCCCGCCAUCUUGCACGUCCAUUAGCUGCCAGCUGCUGGUUCACUGAACGGCUCGCCCACAUUGUUAUUUCCCUCAAGCCUGUGAGGUCAGUUUGUUUGUUUUUUUUUUUUUUAAUGUGCUUCUUGGAUCAUCACACACCUGACGUUCAGUCGUGCACCCGUGUCACUUUGUAAGGCGCCCACAUCCUUGCCCACACUGGUCGCUGUUUGAUUUGCACCUUAUCACAUGAUAUCUCGGAUUUUUAUCUUCAAGGUCCCCCAUCCUCAAGCUCGCCGACCGUGAAGCCACUUAGGAGAAUGUUCUAGAGUUGAACCGUCGUGCAAACUCAUGCCACUUCAACCCAAGACAAUCUCUGAUACAGCUGGGCAGCUUGAGCGUGAGGUGUAGCCAGUGGCCCAGCGUGCCUUGGUGUGGCAUCAACACAUUCCUCAUAGCUUCCUCAGAAUUAUUGAUAAGUCUGAAUACAACUGAUCAAUCAAUCAAUCAAUCAAUCAGUGCUGUUCAAGUACAGACGCUCUGCCCACCUGCCCUGCUCCUUUCUCGUUGCUCAAUAUGAAAGAUUUCCCUCCAUUGCCCACUCCUCUGAUGAAGCCCCAUUCUGUCCACUUGUUGCCCACCACACAGACGGGCGCUCUCUAGCUUAUCGAUUUACUGCCUGUGGUCAGCAGCACUGAAUCAGUUCCUAGAACCUCUGUCACCUUACAGCACAUGGGGCAGUGUGCCCACUGGUCUGCCAAGCUGCGGUCUGUGUCCAGCAUGCACCAGUGUGAUGGCAUCACAUUCUGUAGAACCCAUCCAUUAUUUAAAGUGCCAAGCCUAGUCAUAGCCCCUGAUGUCCUCUCACAGCAUGCUCGGUGGUCUGUGUCCCAUCAUGCACCAGAGUGAUGUCAUGACAUUCCACAGGGCUAAUCUCUCCCCACCCCCCACCCCGUAUCCUUAUCCUGCUUAGGUGAGGUCCGCCACCAGUAUGACUUCAUUACAGUCCAUAAUAUAAAGUCGUGGUACUGGCGGACCACAAUUAACUGAUAUUAUGGGGUCCUGACACUGUCCCUCAUGUUGACCUGAGACUGUUUGAACACCAGACUGUCCUUCAGUAUGGCACUGUCACAGAUUGCCUGUAAAAUAUACUGGUGGUGCCCUUGCCAUCCAGAACAGUUGGCAGGUCGCAUGUCACUCAGGCUUUAAAAAGUGAAGUUUAAGUAAAUAAAAUCCACAAAGUCAUAAAUGGGGCUCAGCGGGCUUUCCCAGUGUGUGCCAGUGGGCACCAGUCUUCACUUUCCUCACGAUGACCACAGAUGCACUUUCCUAAGCUGGCUGCUUAUUCUAACCUGUCAUUGCGCCCCCCCCCCAGUGAUGGGCAGAUGUAUGCCCCCUCUGGGGCUGAAGCCCACUUCAUUUAAUGCCAUCCAGUUUGUCUGCCCACCUCCAGUAGUUUCACUGCACUUUAUCCCCUGGUGUUCAGUGGAGGUGUGCCCAGCCUGACCACCACCUCGCCACACGGGUGCCAUCCAGCCUGAGGCAGAGGGGCACAGCCGCAGAGGAAGACCACCCCGCCCAGAUGUGUGCUUGUACCUUUCCUCCUUGUUUCCUGUUUGGCUUCUUGAUCAAGCGGAGCUGUGCCAUGUCGUCUCCCCGGGUUCAAAGCUGGCCAGCAGUGGGGGGAUUAGUGGGGGGUGCAGGUCGAUGGCAGAAAACUGUCACGUAACCAAAGAUAAAAGGGAAUGGAACGAGUGGGCGGGGUCACAGAACGGUGCCACUCAUCCUAACCCCGCCCACCCAAAGUAAUGUGGCCAAUCGGAAACUAAGAACUGACAUUUCAGGCAACGCAAGCUGGGGAAUAAAAACGAAACAAGCGAGUCCGCCAUCGGGUGACUCAAGAAUGGACUUCAUGUGAUCACCGGAGGGCCGCCGCCCACUUCACCCCCCCUUCUGGACUGAAGCCCACCGAGCCGCGACUCCAAAUCUAAGUCUUUGAAUGUAAAAGUCUGCGAAACUAUCAUGUAAAUAAAAUAAAAUGAGUCAACUAGAAGAACAGAAGCUUUAUGUCCGAGUGUGGAAGCACAAUGUAUGGGAUGACACUGUGAAUGCUGCAUACUGUAAACUUAAACCAGAUAUUUGGAAAUAAUAAAAGGCUGAAAA